UGGCAUUUAUCCUUUGCUCCAUUAGUCAAAGCACGUGCGCGCCAGCGUGUCACGAAUUAUCCUUUUCGCCUUUGUGUAUAAUUCUCAAAAUGGACGAUUCGCCUCUGACAUUCAGCGGCAGCGACAACGCUUUAUUGCUUGGAGAAGCACAGGACGACGAGCUGGUCGAUAUUGUGGAUCAACUGCGAGCCGAAAUUGCACCGGACUAUGUUUUUGAGCAAGUACAAGACGGCCCUUUGUUAAAAACAGCCACGGACAACAUGAUGGAAGGACUAGAAGGUGCUGACUCGAGUUCGUCUCGCACAGACGAUACGAAUACCAAGCCGACGAGUACAACUUCUACGACAUUUGCAGACCGUAUUUCUUCGCAAGUUGCAGCAACGGAGAAAGUACAAUAUGCUGCAGCGGCGUCAUCAGGUGACGCAGAAGCACCGUGGACGACACCCACUAGCAAGAACACAUUCUCCGUUCAGUCUGCUCGCGAAAUAGUACCGAACAACUCGAGAACAACUACAACGGAUCGGCCAACGACGACUUCAAGCUCGUCCUCGUCCGCUUCGGCUUACGACGAUCUGGAAUUGGUGGCUACACUCGACCGGGCCAACCUCGGUCGACCCACUCUCGCAGACUACGGACUUGAGAAGUAAGGCAUAAUUGUGCGAAGAUCGGAUUUUCAUCUAGCUGCCAGCUUUUUAGCUUAUAGCCGCUUGAUCUUGAACAAGAUCUUCAUUAUUGAUCAAACGAUGACUCUGGCAUUUCGUCUCUGGAAUUCUCCCUGCGGCACGAACAUGAUGUCGAUCUCGAUGUUGACAACGAGUUUAUUUCGUGUACAUCUUCAGAUUUCUUACCGACGGGCAGCACCCAGCGGCAUCGCGCGCGACGAGGUUCGAGCGCAUGCUCCGGAAUACGUUGACUUCCGUUGUCAACCACGCAGCUAGCCCAUUGAAGUCCUACAAAACAUCCAAGGGUAACAAGAAUAUUAAAGCCGAAACUAUGUCUAUGUCUAGUUCAACCUCCGGCUCGGCGACUCCGCGGACUGCAGGUGAAGGUAGGAAGCCAAGCAAACCCACUAGUUCAUCAACUCGUCCAGAGGAAGCAGGUGGCCGCGGCACGGGACCAAGCAGGAGCGCCGCCGGGGCAAGUACCACCCAGGGAACAUCGGCUUCUUCGUCAAACCGCACGUCAACAACUCCGCGAGGUGCUGGGGCCGCCAGCAGCUCCUCCUGGGUGACAUCGUUGGUGACGCCGCGGAAGAGCGGGGCCACUGCUACACGGAAUCGCGGUGGAAGGAGUAAAACCCCUGGAGUUGCGACGACGCCGCGCGGUGGAGGUCACGCACCAGCAAGCAGCAACGCAACUACAAGCCGCCUGGUGGACACGCUCGUUACGCCCCGUGGUGGAGGCAUUCUUGGCGGACGCUCUUCUGGGCGUAGUGAAGCUGCAGUGAGCAAAAACAGUACUGGUCACGAGAAACACGAAUCGGCGACUGGUGCUGCGAGGGCUACAGCGACACCGGUAGUUCCGAAGACGAAGAGCACGUACCAAAAAUCGCACUCGAAGCGAAGCAGCGCGCCGGGUGCUGGCACUGAGCAGGUGGUCGGUCGCUCGAGUGCCGGUGGUGGUGAAAACAAGCCGAUGCUCCUCCGAAAAAUGACACCAGUGUACGGAAAUGGUGCGAACUCAUCGCCGGGGAAAAAUAAACAGCUCGAUGUAUGAUAAAUUUCGGGAAUUUCAUCUCCAUGAUAACCAACAAAAACGGUACAACAUUCAGAUAGAUAGAGUGAGUAUAGAAGAGCCUCCGUUUCGAUGAUUUGUGUGAUUUUGGUACACAGGCCACUUCAGUAUGUUCGUCUACCUCUAGUUUCACUUUGAAUGAUGCAAAUGCGCCGGAAUUCGUUUCUUUCUUAUAUGUUCUAGAUGUACCUCCUCGUAACUCCAGUAGUUCAUUUGCGUUUCAACGGCCUCAUGAUCUCUAUGAACCUCAGCAU